AUGAGUGAUCCCCUGGCGGAAUAUUUGUCUGCACUCGAUGCGCGUGACGCAAGAGAGAAGGCGCAUGAGGAAUACGUGAACGCCUAUACCAAGCUCGCCGAUAACAUGGCGCAGUUUGCGAACCAGACACCCUCCGCGGAAGAGUCAGCCCCCGCGGCCAGCGCAUCAAAGGGUAAAGGACCAGCAACGACCGAUGUCUCCUCGCCAUCUGCUAUUGCGCAACUUCGCUCCGAAUUAGCCGUCACUCAGCGCACGCGGGGUGAUCUAGAAAGUCAACUGAGCGCCCUUACUGCCGAGCUGAGCACCCUCAAAGCCUCAGACACGCAACAAAAGCAGCGCAUAGAACAGCUCGAAAAGGUCCGGACACAACUGGAGAGGCGAAGCAAGGACAGAACGGAGGAGCUCAAGGGCAAGGGGAGGCUUGUGGAGGAGGUACACGACGAAAUGGUUGCGCUGAACCUACAACUGAACAUGGCGGAGCAGGAGAAGGAGAAAUUGCGCAAAGAGAAUGAGGAGUUGACUCAGAGGUGGGUCAAGAAGAUGGAGGAAGAGGCACGGAAGAUGAAUGAAAGCUCCCGCCUUGCCUCCCCACCAAACAGCAUCAAACUCACCCAAACAAUCUCGACGCCGUCUUCAACCAUGGGGACCGCUUUGAAGACGUGGGAGCUGGAGAACUCCGUCAAGCUUGUAGAUCCCCAGAAAGACGCUCUCUACAACUAUUCUUCCUCAGAGCAGAAAGCCAUCAACAACGCGCAUCCAUGGCGAACCGACCCCAACUACUUCACGUCUGUCCGCAUUUCGGCCAUCGCCCUCCUCAAGAUGGUCAUGCACGCGCGAUCCGGCGGCUCAAUCGAAGUCAUGGGCCUGAUGCUAGGCAAGAUUGAAGCACACACAUUCGUCGUGACCGACGCAUUCCGGUUACCAGUCGAGGGUACAGAGACACGAGUCAAUGCACAAGACGAGGCAAACGAGUACAUGGUAGAGUUUCUACAGCGCGCACGAGAACAGGGACAGAUGGAGAACGCCGUCGGCUGGUACCACUCGCAUCCUGGCUACGGCUGCUGGCUCUCGGGCAUCGACGUCAACACACAGAAGACUCAACAACAGUUCCAAGACCCCUUCUGCGCCAUCGUCAUCGAUCCCGACCGAACCGUCUCUGCGGGCAAAGUUGAAAUCGGUGCCUUCCGUACCUAUUCAACAGAGUAUGUUGAGAACCAGGCCAAGGCAGGUGGCGGCUCCAAAAACACAAGUGGCGCUGAGAGCGACGGCUUCGAAACCAUUCCGCUCGGCAAGAUUGAGGACUUUGGCGCACACGCCAACCACUACUACCCCCUCGAAGUCUCGCACUACAAGUCGUCACUCGACGCUAAGCUACUAGAAGCGCUGUGGAACAAGUACUGGGUACAAACGCUGUCAUCCUCUCCUCUCAUCUCCAACCGCGACUACGGCACCAAACAGAUUUCAGACCUCGCCCGUAAAAUGCAGCAAGAGAACAACAGUAGCAAGCGCUUCAAAGGCGGGGCAGGAUACGCGACGAAUAACGAGAGUAAGAACCAGUUGACCAAGCUGGGUGCGGCUGGGAGCAAGAUUGCGCGUGAAGAGGAUAUGGGUCUGCUGGCUGCAAACGUCAAAGAUAAGGUCUUCAACCUUACCAACGGGCAGGAGGUCAAGAGCCAGGAGGUCGAGAUGGAGACUUCCUAG